CCCAACUCUCGCGCCAGAAUUCUAUGUCGUCUCCUAACCCAGCUUAAUUAGGCCAAUACACCAGAAAUGAACUCCUGACUCCUAAUAUCAUAUCAUCAUCAAUGGCUGAACUCCCAGCCCAUCUCUCUGCAAAGAAAUUGUUGAUACUCCUCAAAUCCCAGAAAAACACCAAGAAUGCUCUGUCGCUCUUCGACUCAGCUACCCACCAUCCAAACUACAACCACACUCCCAUCGUCUACCAUCACAUCCUUCGCCGACUCACUGAUCCCAAACUCGUCAAUCACGUUACUCGAAUCAUCGAUUUAAUCCAAACCCAGAAAUGUAGCUGUUCUGAAGAUAUUGCUUUGACUGUUAUCAAAGCUUACACUAAGAAUUCCAUGGCUGAGCAAGCUCUUAAUAUUUUUAAGGAAAUGCCCCAGAUUUUCGGGUGUCAACCGGGUAUAAGAUCGUAUAACUCAAUGCUCAAUUGCUACGCACAAUCUAAUCAGUGGGAUAAGGCUGAGUCUUUCUAUAAUUAUUUUCAGACAUCGGGUGUUAUACCCAAUUUAGAAACUUUCAAUGUUUUGAUUAAGAUUUCGUGUCGGAAACGACAGUUUGAUAAGGCACAGAAGCUUUUGGAUUGGAUGUGGAGUCAUGGAAUAUUUCCAGAUAGUUAUAGUUAUGGGACUUUGAUCCAUGGACUUGUGAAAUGUGUUAAAUUAUCGGAUGCGUUGAAGGUGUUUGAUGAAAUGUCUGUGAGAGGUCUUACCCCUGAUGUCACUUGUUACAAUAUUUUGAUUGAUGGGUAUUUGAAAUCUGGUCUUGUUGAUGAAGCGAAAGAGAUUUUCCAUAGGCUAGUUACUGAUUCUGCAGUUUAUCCGAAUGUGGUGACUUACAAUGUCAUGAUCAAUGGCCUGAGCAAAUGUGGUCAUGUUAGUGAGAGUUUGGAGUUUUGGCGGCGUAUGAGAGUAAAUGAGCGAACAUUAGAUGUGUUUACUUACAGUAGUUUGAUUAAUGGACUAUCCAAGUCAGGAAAUGUCAAAGAGGCUUCAAUGGUUUAUGCAGCGAUGAUUGAGAGUGGGCUUCUUCCUGAUACUGUUACUUGCAAUGUUAUGCUUCAUGGAUACUACAAAGCUGUAAUGACGGAAGAGUUUUUCAAGUUAUGGGAGUUUAUGACAAAAGAGGAUCUUGUUAAUACCGCAAGUUUUAACAUUUUCAUUAGGGGCUUGCUUGAAAACGGGAAGGUGGAUGAAGCACUAUCUAUUUGGGAAUUACUGCCUGAGAAAAGUUGUAGUAGUGAUUCGACAACAUAUGGUGUCCUGAUUCAUGGGUUGUGUAGAAAUGGAUACCUAAACAAGGCUCUAUCAAUCUUGAAAAGGGCAGAGGAUGGAGGUAAGGCAGAUGUUUAUGCCUAUACACCAUUAAUUAAUGCACUGUCUAACAGCGGAAGGCUUAUGGAAGCUGUAAGUCUGGUAGAUAUAAUGGCUGACCGUGGACAUAUUUUGAAUUCCUAUGUUUUCAAUGCUUUAAUAAAUGGGUACAUCCGAGAAUCAAAAAUAGAGAAGGCCAUUACAGUUUAUAAGGAAAUGGUCAGUAAGGGUUGUUCACCAACACCUGUUACGUAUAAUAUCUUGAUAAAUGGUUUGUGUAAAUCAGAAAGAUUUGAAGAUGCAUAUAUUCAGGUAAAGGAUAUGCUGGAGAAAGGUUUUAAGCUAGACUUGAUUUCUUACAGCUUGUUGAUAGAUGGUCUUUGUCGAAGUGGGAAGAUGAACAAGGCACUUCAGUUGUGGUGUCAGAUUCUAGGAGAAGGUCAUAAACCUGAUAUAACCAUGCAUAAUAUUAUUAUUCAUGGACUUUGCUCUGAUGGAAGACUAAACGAUGCAGUGCAGUUAUUUUCAAAUAUGAGGUGCAUGGACUGCACACCCAAUCUCGUUACCUAUAAUACGCUAAUGGAAGGAUUUUAUAAAACUGGUGACUGUGAAAUGGCAGCUGCGAUCUGGGCCUGCAUUCUGAAAAAAGGAAUUCAUCCAGAUAUCAUCUCAUACAAUAUUGUCUUGCAUGGACUUUGUUCCAGCCACAGAAUAUUAGAUUCCAUAGGGUUUUUACAUCAUGCGGUUCAUAGAGGAGUAAUUCCUUCUGUUGUUACAUGGACUAUCCUUGUGAGAGCUGUUUUUAGUUAUGGCAUUCUAUGAUUAUGGAUGUUGCAAACCAAAGAAGAACAGUGGUCAGUGGUUAAAGGUGAAAGAUCUUCUACAAGUGAUGAAUACUACUUUCUACUGCGAGGUUGUCAUACUAUGAAAUCCAGUUUCCAGAUAAGGCCAAGGCUUCAG